AGCAGCGGCGGACUUGGUUACAUUUGUAUCAGAGAUGAGAGACGGAAGCGGGUGGGCGACGGGACGGGCUUUGAGGUCGCCGCGCUAUUGCGCAUUCCGUGCGCAAAUGCGCUGCGCCGCCGCGGUGCGCCAACACUGUGCGCCCACGGAUACAUGGGGUGAUUUAAUUUAAAAAAAAUUAUAUAAAUGAUCAGUGAUUGUUUUUACACGUGUUAAUCAUACGCACAAGCUCGAACUGGCUGGUGCGCAGAUGGACGAGUGCUGACAUGUCUGCCAACCACCACAGUUACCUCCUAAAGCAGUUGGACCAGCAGCGGCGCCAGGAGCUGUUCUGCGACUGCAACGUUCUAGUAGGUGGACGCCUUUUCCGGGCGCACCGUAACGUCUUAUUCGGAAGCAGCGGCUACUUCCGCAUGCUGUUGUCUCAGGGUGCAAGGGACAGCCUGGAGCCUGCGAGGGCCUCGUUCGAUGCCUUCGCCCCUGAUACCUUUGCCACAAUUCUAGACUUUGUAUACUCGGGCCACCUAGCUCUGGACAGCACAAAUGUGAUUGAGGUGAUGUCUGCUGCCAGCUACCUGCAGAUGGACAACGUUAUCGCUUACUGCAAGGCCUUCAUAGAGUCCUCACUAGAGAUCAGCACCAAGGAGGCGACCGAGGACACCCAGCCUCCUCAGAGCAUCAUGUGGGAACGCCAGGACGACGGAAAGGAUGAUGAUGAGUACGAGGCAGAGGUGAUGAGCGAACAGAGCUCGCAAUGCCAAUCGGUUCUAGAGACGAGCUUAAAGGAGGAGCAGGUGACACCUUUCGAUGGCGUUUCUGAGCCCAGGAGGAGAGGAACCAGGAAAAGAUCGGCCACUCAUCGGUACACCCCAGAUGACAGUUCACCAAUCGACCUCCAAAGGGCACCAGCGGGAACACAGAAAGCAGACGAGCUUUAUGCUACCCUGCCGACCAUCAUAGGAGUCAUGGGGGUUUUUAAUAAAGACUCCACCCCCACAAUGCGCUUUAAGUGCCCGUUCUGCACACACACGGUUAAGAGGAAGGCGGAUCUCAAGAGACACCUGAGGUGCCACACGGGUGAGAGGCCCUACCCAUGCCAGGCCUGCAGUAAACGCUUCACACGUCUCGAACACCUGCGUAGCCACUUUGAGACGAUCCACCAGGCGCGUAAGCUGGUAUGCCGGAAGUGUAAGCGUCACGUGACCGAGCAGAACAGCCGCGUGGUGUGCGAGGGAUCACGUCGAUACCGCCUCUGUGAAGUGUGCCUUCAGGAGAGCGGCCUGGUGGCACGUGAAGGCUCCGACACCAACACGGAGGAGCCGGGUCUUCUGCUGGGGGUGGAAGAGGAACUGGAGGGAAACCACAACUCCUCAUGGGGGAUGGAGGACGAGGAUGACCUCGCUGAGGAUUCAGGAACUGACCUCAUCAUUCAGGAAGUCGAGGACAGCGACGAGGAGCCGAGCGCGAAGUGACACUGGCGUUCGCACACAGCGCGUGCGUUUGUGUGAGAGCAAUUCUUUUGCGCCAUUUUUGCGUCUUUUAAUCAGAAGAAGAAAGUUCUAUAAAUGUAUAAUUGUAUUAUAAACAAGAAAAGUAUGUAAAUAGUUUAUUUCAAUAUUAUACUCUGUUAAAUUAUUUCUUCUUGCGUCUUAUAUGAUGCAGCAAAUCUUAGCAACCUAAUAUUUUGGCAAAAUAAGUGAGAGUUUCGUACAUUUUCCCACAACGUAUGACAUGACUUUCUUUUAGCGGUUCCUUUGCCAGAUAUUUUAGACGGUUGUAAAGAUUCCUAAUGAUCUUGAAUUCUUUAGUGUUACAUUUUAUUUUGUCAGGGCGACUUUCUUCACAUCACUGUUCGAAAAAUCAAGCAUCAUUUCUUUCCCUUCAUGUGUCAUGUACAGUUUUAUGGAAAUGAAUACACUUUGCACUUCUCUAUCAAUCUUUAUUAUUAUUAUUAUUAUUAUUAUUAUUAUUAUUAUUAUUAUGUUGCUCAGUAAGACAAUGGUCACAUCUUAUUUUUACUUUUUUAUAAAUAAAAAUAUGCAUUUAUUAUUACAUUUGCUAUAAAGCUAAAUUAAAUUGUUACUAAAGCAA